GCUGAAUGUGCUCCGUUCUCGGUCGGGACUGGUUGUAAUUGGGUUUAAUUGAGUCGGACGGUUCCUGCCAUUCAUCGGUGGCUCGGCCCCUCCACUCCGCCUGAGCGAUGUGUCACGGACGCGCUGCGGCUCCUCUACCGCCGCCUCUGCCCCCUUCCUCCUGGGGCAAGCUGCUGCAGCGGAUCGCCGAUCUGACCGGCAGCUCCCCGGCCCACCAUCCGCCGGGCCGGCUCGAACACAAAGCGGAGCCCAACCUGGACACUGACAGCGAUUACGGGAGUUUGGAAUCGGACCGCGACUCUGUCACCGACGACCCGUUCGAGGAGUUCCUGUGCGCCGACGUGAUGCAGCUGAUCGAGCAGAGCCUGAGCGAGGCCAAGCGCGGUGCCCUUCGCUGUUUCAAGCUCCUCAUCCCGGAGGAGCUGAGCGGCCAGGUGGCGGAGGAGCUGCUGCGGUUGGCGGCCAGCGAGCCUUGUGGCCUGCGGGGCGCCGUGCUGCACCUCAGCGUGGAGGACGGCAAGGUUUGCAAGGACGUGGACCGGAUAGUGGUGGACAGCAGCCUGGCUCCCACCUUUGAGCUUGCCCUGGUGCUGAGACUAGAAGCUGGUAUCUGGUCCAAGAUCCAAGACCUCUUGACUUCGGGUCCCUCCUUCACUCCCGGGUACAGCCAAGCGCUCAGACUCAGUCCCAGGUUCCGAAUUAUUAAGAGAAAGCUAUACAGUUCCAACGAGGUCUUGGUUGAAGAAUGUUGAGCCGGUGGACACUGACUAGAUCAACUGCUGGGGGAGAAAGUCUCCUCUUGGGGCUCCGCUCUGACCCCAGGGACGAUUAACUCGCUCACUGAGCAAGUUUAAACCUGCACACCAGUGCUCUUGGGUGGGAGUUUGCAUGCAGUUGCCUUUUCCCAGACCCAGAUGUGUGCCGUGUUAACCAGUGUGGAGCAAGUUCUGAAAUGGAUGGGACCUGUUUUGACGACAGCUGCAGUUUAAAAACAAAAAGGUGCUAACUUGUGUAUACAUGUAAAUACCCCUUAAGAGGGGGCAGUGGGUCUGCAGGGCAGCCUACUUUUGGACUGGCAUUGAUAUGCAUACAAUACAUUCUUUUGAUACUUUGGUGCUAUUCUAUAGUUUGUACUAUGUGAAUAAAAGAACAAACUUGGAA